UGUAAUUGUAGCAUAGUUAUAGUAACUGAUAAUAGUUACGGCUAAUAUUCUCAUUUUGUAAAAUAAUAAGAGGAGAAGUUAUUGUUGGAGUUGCCACUCAUAGAAUUUUCAAAGUAUUUUGGUUUCCCUUCUUCACGAUAAAAUUCAAGGUACUCAAGUCAAAAGUGCUUCAAGGAUAAAAUUCAUAACCAUUUCUUUACGUCUUGAGGUGCUAAACCAAGUACCUUAGUUGAUAGCUGACACUUUCGAAUAUUGGCUCUUUUUCAAGCAUAUUUAAUACUUCCAUCACAAAGCAAUGUAUGUUUCUCAUUUAAUCAACGAAAUUGAUGUUGAAGUAAAUAAACCUCAAAUAUGAAUGAGUGUGACUUGAUAAAAGUUCUGAAGGAAUUGAAAGUGUAUGCCCAGUCAUGGAAUAAGGUGACCCUUAAAGACUUUGCAUGUCAGACUGAUUUUCCAGAACCUGACAAUAACAACAGUGUUCCAUUUUUUUAUUGCUGUCAGUUUUCUUCUAGUGGAGAUGCUGAGACACAGUGUGAUAUCCCAUUAUCACAUGGUCUUUGUAAAAGUUGUGCCAAAUCUCUCUCUGUGGAGAAUGCUGCUACUCAGUGUAAUUUAUUUAAGAAAGUAAAAGAUGCUUCCAACUCUGUGCCAAAGAGGAUUAAAAAAUAUGAUAGGACUAUUAAGCAUGAAAAGGAUGAUGAAUUUUUGUCUUUAGGUGUCCCAUUUAUUCCAAGACAUAAUGAAGUUACAAAGGGCAAAGAAAGUACAAUUACCCUUGAUCUUGGUGACCAGCAAGAUAUUUGUGUUUCAAUUGAGGAAGAGUUCAAUAGUACAUACCAAACAGACUUGAAGCCCAGUUGUCUUAAAAAUGAUGAAGGUAAUGUUCAAAGUAAACAACAUGACAGUAACUCCAAGAGCAAGGAAAUUACUACUUACAGUGGCCUGGAAGACUGCGACGACCAUCACACCUUUGAGCCAAUGGAUGACGAUAAUCAUGAGGAGACGGAGGUACCUGAAAAAUAUGGAUUACCUGAGAUACUUGAAGAGGAGGAGAAACUUUUCUGGGCAGAAAUGAAGAAAAAAAGCAAGCGCAUUAAAUUAAGUGUCAAGAGUAAGUGCAAAAAAAAUGGAUCAUUAAAGAAAAAUGACACCAAUGAAGUACAUUCACCAAACAUCAAGGGUCUUAUCAAAGAAGAAAGAAGUAAGGAUUCAAAAGACAGUGAUUGGAUAACAGAUGAUGAAGAAGAUGAGGAUUUGCCUGAGGACUUUACUAUUGCCUUCAAAGACGAGUGGAAAAAGAAACGUGUACCAGCACAUACACAUGAAAAGAACUAUGUUUGUGAUGUAUGUAACAAGCCAUAUUCAAAGAGCCAUUAUCUAAGAGAUCAUAUUGUUAGAGACCAUAGCGACCAUGACAAAGCAAAGGAAUAUCCUUUCCGUUGCCGCCAUUGUAAGAGAGUGUAUAAUGGUCAGAGACAGCUAGAUUAUCAUCAAAGCUUACAUAAUGGACCGUGUGAAAUAUGUGGAAUGAUGUUUGGAUGCAGUGGACUAUUUUGGAAUCAUAGAAAGAACCAUGAUGCAGUAUGCAAUAUUUGUAACAAGUCUUUCUCAUCUUUAAAUUCAUUGUGGACACACAAAAAGAUGAAACAUGGCCGGAUGAAAUAUUUUUGUAAUGUCUGUGAUAAAGGUUUCAUAUAUAAGUCUCUUUUAAAGAUUCAUAAUGAAAAAGCUCAUGCAUGGAGAUCAGAUGGGAAACAUUCUUCUAAUAAAGGUGUUAAAGAUCCUGUGAAAGAUCUGACUUGUGAAGAGUGCAGCUACAUUGCAAAGAAUGAACAGUCUCUUAAAGUCCAUCAAGGAAUGGCUCAUAGAAGGAAACAGAAAAAGACUGCAGACAAAAUUUAUAGUUGUACUGUGUGUGAUGCAAAAUUAACAUCCAAAUCAAUAUUAAAGAAGCAUGCAGUUAAAUGUUUAGCUGCAUUUCCGACUAAUAAGUGUAAUGUGUGUAAGAGGGUAUUUUCAACAGAAAAGAAAUUAGAAUCACACAGAAGGAAAAUUCAUGGUUUGGUUAAUGAUGAAGAAGAAACACAGGAACUCCAUAUCAUUUCUGCAGAUCAGGAGGUUUAUCCGUGUAACAUUUGUGAAUCAUCAUUCGAUACAUCUUUCACGCUUCAAGAGCACAUGCUUUCCAUCCAUAGUAUACCAAAGAAAAUUAAUGUUGUUGCUGAUAAUCAUAUUCUUUAUGAGUGUGCCUACUGUAAUUCUUCUUUUGAAUCAACCAAUUCUCUUGAAACACACAUAUUAUCUGUUCAUAGUGUCUCCCAUACUGUGAGUAGAGAAAUUGCUCAAGUUACAUCAGAAUCAUUACAUGUAACAAGUGCUGUUGAGGAAUAUCCUGUAAUGGAAAUUAGUCUUAGUAACAGAGAAACAGGGUCACCCGAGAGUAGGAUAAUAAGUGAAGCCUUUGAAAUUCCCGUAGAAACAUCCGUUAGUAAUUUUGAUACAAGCACUGCAGUUUCAUUGCCAGCCUCAGCAAUUCCUGCUGACGUUAGCACAGUGGAGAUUGAUGGAGUUAAAUACCAUGUGAUAAGGAAUGCUCAGUGAUACUGAAGUACAGUGGAGACUGAGGAGGUAAAUACCAUGUGAUAAGAAAUGGUCAGUGAUAUUAAGAAUUUUUUUUAUCUUAUUGAGUCCAUAACUGCAUUUGAUCUUUUUGAAAAAUUACUGAUAGUAAAGGUUUCCUAUCAUAAUACGUAAUUUAUACACAUCAUCCAAGUAAACCAUACCUUUCCAAGAGGACAAACUAUUACUUUACAAAAGACUUAUUUGGAAUGAAUCUUGCCUACUGUUAAAGGUAGCUGUACCCUCACACCAGCAAGUGCAGUCAGCCUUCAAAAUAGAGAAUAAGAUUGUUUUGCUGACCCGUAUGACUGUCCAGUUCAUCUGUCCUUCACCAGGUGUUUCUUGAAUGGUUUAGUUCUCAUCAAAAUUCUUCUGGCUGCCAUACAGUGCAGAUCUCUGCAUUCAUUGGUUUGGCUUUUGACUUUAUCACAGCAUUAUGACUUUUCAUCUCUUGUUAUAUUGUCUUCGACUGGCAGCAAGACCAAAAACAGGUUUUGCAGGAAUGAGUUCUGUUUUAACGUGAUGUAUUUUGUAGAGUUAGACAGGCCCACAGUUUGUGCUGUUUAUAAGGGUUGGGAGUGUGAUGCCAAAAACAGGUGCGAAGAGUGUAGGGAGUGGUUAGUUGAAUUUAAGAAUGAAUUCUUUUAGUAUGAAAGUAUGAAAGAGUAAAAUAAAAAUUUUAUUGAUAAAAUAAAGUUUUAUAUAUACUUACCAAGCAAUUACAUACCUGUAAGCUUAACAAGGUCGUACAAGGAUCUGCCCACUUUCAGGGCCAACAGGUACAACUCGGCAAAGAGCUUCAAGUUGUUGAGCCCUGAUGUUUGUCUGUGGGGAGGAGGGAGGGCUCCGAUGAUGUAAUUGCUUGAUAAGUAUAUAUAAAACUAUUUUGUCAUAGAAAAUAUAAUUUUUAUAUGUGACUUACCAAGCAAUUACAUAGCUGAUUCCACAUUGGAAGGAGGUGGGAUACAUGGACAUAGUCUACUCCAAAACAUUAAUAAAGAUAAUGACUUUGAAAUAAAGGUUACUAGCAUUGGAUUAACGUGUGUUGUACCGUGCUGGUAAGAGAGCUGCUACAGGUGAUUACUGCAUCUGGUCAGUGCUCAUCUUAGCCUGUAGAGGGUGUGGCAGUAUGGCCAAGAAUCGUCCCUUCUUAGUCGAUACGUACUUAGUGACCAUGGAAGUUCAGUGAUGGUUGACAAACAUUAAAAAUAGCACCCUUGCCCUGGAUGUAGACCAGAAAAAACAUAAUGCUGUCACCUAGUACACUAGAAUAAAAACCACCACCCUGACCUCUGAAAAACUAUAGGAUACACAUGGUACAGUGUACCCCUAGGCUUCCCUUUGACUCAAAACCUAACAAUAAGCUUUAGAAAUCAGGAAAAAGGAGAGCGUUUUUAGAAAGCGGACAUGAAGGGCUCCUCAACGAGCAAAAGAGAUUGUUUGAGGGUCCCCUGAUCUUUUCUGUCCUAUUGAGGUAGUACCUCAAGACCCUACAGGACAAAGUAGUCUCUCCUCCUCUGGCCCAAAAAUGUCCAUUAAGUUCUUAAUAACAAACGAGCAGGCCCAGGGUUUAGAAAUAUCCUCAUUCUUGGCAAUGAAACCGAGAGGGAGAGAGAGAGAACAGACCGCAUCCCCUUGGGCAAAUCCAACUCUCUCAGUGGUGUGGUCGGUAUGGUAUUGGUGUGCCACCUUGUUGGCCACAAGUUCGAUUCUCAGGCAUUCUAUUGAGGUGUGAGAGAUAUGAAUUUCUGGUGAUAGAAGUUUACUCUUGACAUAGUUUGGAAGUCGUGUAAAGCCGUUAGUUCCGUUGCUGAAUAACCACUGGUUCCAUGCAAUGUAAAAACAUCAAACAAGCAAACAAAAUCCAACUCCUGUCUAGCCAACGCUACCAGGAAGAGAGUCGUCUUAGUGAGGUUUUUAAGAGGUUGAAUGGAAUGGCUUGAAGGAGCUUGAGACCAACAUCAAUUCGUACCACAUCCAAAUUCCAGGAGACUACACGAGACUUCUCUAGCGUGGAAGUCUCGUAGGAUGUGAUGAGGUCGCUGAGAUCCUGAUUAGAGGUGCCUAGACGUGCAAGAAUCCAAGUGAAGACCUGUGGCGCUGUGGACAGGCCAAAGGACAAUGCCCGAAACUGGAGCCUUGCCCUGAAAGAUGAACCACAGGAACUUCUGGAAUCUGGAUGGAUGGGAACAUGGAAAUAAGUGUCUUGCAUGUCCAGUGUGACCAUCCAGUUGCCCUUAUGGGGAGAGGACAUGACUGAGCAGUUUGUCUCCAUGUGAAACUUCAUUUUCAUAAUGAACAAAUUCAGGGCGCUGACAUCCGCUACCUCCUUUACUGGCCUUUUGUAAAUAAGGGACUCAACUUCUUGAGAAAGGGCCAAAAACUUCUCGGGCCCUGCCAAGUGAGCUGACAAGGUGAUCAGCAACUUGGAUAAGGGAAGCUUCUUUUUAAAAGUAAUGGAGUAGCCUUUUCUCAACACUUGAACUACCCAAAGUUCUGCCCCUCUGCAACUCCAUUCCUCCCAUAAGAGGUGCAGCCUGGCUCCAACAUGAGUGCAAGGGACAAAAUUCUCACUUAUUAGUGGCAGGCUUGAAGGAUUAUUUCUUGAUGGACCUCGAGGGGGGGACACAAAUUGGUCUAAGGUCUAGUCUGGGGUCUUGAUCUUCCUCCUUAAAAGGGCUGAGGUUGCAGAUGCGAGAAAGACUUGGCAAUCACUGAAGGAGCUUCCCUUGGGCACUUCAUGGACUGAGCCAGAUCAUCAUGCAUUGACUACUUCUGUAAGGCAUACAAAACUUCUUUUGCAGUAUCCUAAGGGAAGAAAUGGGACUUGUCUAAAGGAGAAAACAAGAAGGAUGACUUCUGCGUUGUGGUGAUUCCUUUCGGGACAAAAGAACACCACAGCUUCCAUUUCUUCAGAAUAGCCAUAAAAAAUGGAGAGGCUAACUCAUCCCUGACUGCCUUGUCAGCACAAGAUAAAACACCCAACCAGUCAGAAGUGAAAUCCUCUGCUAGGACUGGACAGUCUUGUAUUUUCCUUGCCAAAGCUGCCACAGUCCUAUCUAGAAAGCUAAAUAUUUCCAUAGUAUAGAUAGCGGUAGAUAGUCGCCCUAUCUUCAUUGGUACUGUGGUCUGUUCAGAGGGAAAUUAAGUUCCCAAGACAUAUUCUAUAAAUAAAUUUCAUAGCCAUACCUAAUACCCUGCUCCUAAUGUCAUCUUUUAAAUCUGUUAGCAAGAAAUGGUCCAAACAGACAAUUGUUUGCGUCGUAGGUUGAAAGAUUUAAUGUUGAUAUCCUCCCUUCGUAGAGCCAUCAACCAGCGACUUGAUUUUUCUUUAUUUGACGGAAUCCUGUGGAAUAUGCCUUUUGGACACUUGCCAGAAGUAUUGGCACAACCAAACGCCAUAUAAGUUGGCAUAAUUGACGCUAUUUGAAUGACAGUUGACCUAAAACAUGAGGACAAUGCCGAGGAUGAAUGCUCUACAAUACGCGUGCUUCACGCCUCUUGUUAUUGAGGCGACUGCGGCACUACGUCAUCGGUACUAAUCCUCCAGAUGGCAACAUGGUCGAAUCCAGGAGAAAUGGUGCUCUCCAUUGAAGUACCUCGGCGCUACUUUGAAAUUAAAUUGUAAAAAAUGGGAUUAUGUACAAAUUUGAGCAAUGGCUAAUUUUUUUGCUUAUUAAAAGUUCUGUUUGACAAAAUUUAAUGGCUAUCAAUCAUAAGUUCCCCUUUAAGGUAGUUAGGGAGGAUGUAUCUGCUCAAGAGAACCAAGGUUUCUUAAAAUAGUCCUGAAAGUUAGCUUGUGCUUUCACCUGUUCCUGGUCUGCCUCUUAAGGCUUGUCUGUCUUUCACUCGGGUUCCUUUUUCCUCAUUGAAGCCCUUUUGUAGUUCCUCUUCAGGAUGACUAAAGGUAAGGCUCCUCACUUCUCCUAGGAAAAAAUUACUCUUGCAGCCCUCAGGCUCUUGUAGGAGGUCUAUAGGUCUUUUGGAGUGUUUGGCAAGACUUACAGACAGAAUUCUGGGUGGUGGAAGUACUCAGGGAUUUGUUCAUUCCUUUUCCAGUUCUUCCUCUAGUUGUCAGCAUCUCUGACAACUUUUCUGGCAUAUCUGGAGCACCAUGAGAAGUUCCUAGUCUUGCACAAAGGAAGUUGAUUCUCUGUCAGAGAAAGAAGCAAUCGAACAGAUGUCAGUAAUCUCUCCAACUUUUUACAAUUGAUUGCUCCUGGUUUCAAAAGCAUAUGGAGGCUGGUGCCUAGUGUUGGGUGUGUCAAAACUCAAUAAAUCUGUUUGGCUGCCUACAUUUUCUAUGCAAUCAUCUAGCACAGUUCUCUCAUCAGUUCUGUGGUACAACUGGAAGAUUUCAUUGGAUAUAAAGGUUGGAUAUUUCCAUGUUCUUGUAAACCCCUCAUUCAUGCAAAUACCUUUGCUCUGUGUUUGUGUGGUUAGUGUAUAAAUUUAAGGCAUUUUGCUUAGGUUUCAGUACAGUUACUCAAGUGAUUAUCAGAGGUUAUCAGCCUCUAUUUGUGGUUGGUGUCAUCUAAGAAUCAGAAUUCCUCUCACUUGGUCAACUGGCUAGUUAAAGCAAAUUGUUACAAAAGGACUCAGAGGGCCAAGGACCUGUUUUUCUGACCGAGUCCAAGCAUUCUUAUCACUUUUAAAAAAUCAUCCCAUGUUCUGAUCCAGUCUGUUCUAUAUCUUUGGAUGAUGUUAGACUCACAAUUUUCAGACUUUUCCUUUGGAGAAACAGGCAACUUUCUUCUCCAGGGGAGUUUCUUCUCUUUAAGUAGUGCCUCAGGUUAUGAAAUUAAUCCAUUCCGAAGCGGCCUUUGUAACCUGAUUUUUUCGUAUCCAGAACUACGUUUUACAUGUAAAUUGCCUAAUUCGUUCCAAGCCCUACAAAAAAUACCACAGUAAAUUUUGUAAUAAAGCUAAAUUGACCAAUAAACAAUGAAAUACAAUUUGGACCAUUCAAUACCUAACCUAACCGUUACUGUACCUGAAAAUAAAGUGUUAGUGUAUAGGGUACAAGAAAUACUGUACGUACAUAUGUAGUAAAAUGUGGAAAAAUAAACGAAAUCUAUGUGAAUGAAUGAAUACCACGUGUGCACGAUAAUGCUGCGGAAAUGAAAUGGUCGAGGAACUCCCUUAUGUAGGUGCAUGAUGGGAUAGAUGUUGACCAAUAGGAGAGCAGGAUCUUAUGGCGGUAACUAGCAUCAGGAACCAAUGAGAGAGCAGGAGGAUGGUGGCGAGUCUACUGAGUUGGCGGCGCGCGAGUUUCAAAAUUGUUCUCAGCAGCCCGGGUGAAUCUCAGACUUUACAGUACACCCCUUCACAACCUGAAUUAUUUUCGUACACAGAAGCAAAAAAAUCUUCAUCUUUGCCUUCAUAACCUGGAUUUUACGUAUGAAGGGGUAUGACUGUAGUGGCUUUUUCUACAGGGGCUUAUGACUUAGAUACACUGUUAUCAAAGACUAUUUGCAUGUGUAUCUAGGAUUAAGGAACCUAAACCUCACAUUAUUCUCUGACACCUCAGUGAAGGGUUAGGGUAUGUUUCUGGGGAAUCUGAAAAUGUCAGGAUUUUGGUCAUCAGACAAAAGCUUCCUACUUAUAUAAUCUUGAGCUGUUGGAUCUAAGGAAGAGUCUAAAUCAGUGUAAACACCUGGUGGAGACAAGGUGAUAGCAUUGUUCUCGGACUACACGAUAUUCACUUAGUAUAUCAUGAAUCAGGGUGACACAAGUCCUCUCCAACGUUCCUCUGUGCAUAGAAGCUGCCUCUAUAGUCGGAAGCAAGAAAUAUUGUACUUAUUCCCGAGUUCAUUCCAAAGAAAAGCAUGUUAGCAUAUGGGAUCAGAUUUUUUCGAAGAAAUGGUCUCAACACCCUUAAGUCCACCAGUCUCUGUGGAGACUGUGGGGGACACUGAACAUAGAUUUGCUUGCAACAACUCAAACCAAGAAGCUUCAAAUUUACUGCUUUCCCUUUAGGUACUUCUGGCUUAGGCACUGGACUGUUCUUCAAGACUGGUUACACCUAGAUUACUACACCUUUCCAUCUUCCUUAACCAUAAGAAAGGUUCUCAACAAAUUCAAAGGAUCCAUCAAUUCCAGGAUGGUUCUUGUGGUCCCAUGGUGGUCACAGAAGGAAUGAUUUCUGGACCCUAUGUCUCUAGCAGUGUAUCCUCCUUGAUCUAUUUUCAGGUGAGAUCUACCCAAAUAAUCACUCCCUUGGUUUUCAUCAAAACCUCAAAGCAUGGAGGCCAUCAUCUGUUUCUUGCAAGUGAGAGGUUUUUCUAAGGCAUUUAAGGAGUCUUAUUUUGAAGUCAAGAAGAGAACAUCAAAGGCAAUGGGUUUGUCUGUUGCUCUUGGCGUCACUAUGUGACAUGCCAAGCUAUCAAUUCCUGCCAUUAGAGGAUGUCGGUUGAUGCUUUCCUUUGUGCUAUGUCAUGUUCAAAUAGACAUCUCUGACAAUCCAAAUCUUAAAGAGGCCUUCUAAUCAUUUGAGAUUGAAGCAACUAGAUCUCCUUAUCGACUCUGUCGUGGAAUUUAGGUAUGAUGUUAAGCUUAUUAUCAGAAAAUCUGUCUUACCCCAUAGAAACAGUUUCUUUGAAGUAUCUAAGAAGGGAAAUGAAGUCAUCUUUUUUGGUACUUCCUAUGACUGCUGAAAGAGUAAGUGGAUGGCUGGUGUUUUCAUGAAAUGUAGGCUUUUGCAAUGGAGACACUAUUUUCUUUUUUUGCAGUGCAAAGAAUGAUGUUAAGGCGAAACUUAUUCCAAGAAUCCUGAACUUGACUUCCUUAGUUUGUAAUGAGGAAGAGGCCCUUUGGAUAGAUUAAAGCCUAUCAGAGGCCAAAUUAAUCAUUUAUUUUGUGUAGUUGGGGUCUAACACAUUUGUCAAAAAGUAAUAUCCUUUUUCAUUUGCUAUUGGGUCAAAUUAGCACAUGGAAAGCUUUAUGUUUAAGGUAAUAUUCUUAAAGUAAACUCUAUUUUUACUUCAUUAAAAUUUGAAAAAAAUUUCUCCUUUGGAAGAUGUAUUGAAUACUGGAUUUAAUUUUUAGAAAAAUUUGUCUGGAGAUAUAAUAACAUGGCACAAUGGAGAUUUAAUCCUGUUUUUGUCACUGAAAAUUGUAUAGCCCAUAGUCCACUAGUCAUAACAGGUAUAGUCUUUUCCUGAACUGAACAAAAGAGGAGCCUUGUGGGCUGUUUAAUUUGAAAGCCUGGUCUUGAAUUUCCUGGAGCGUGAAGGUACAUUAUUUGUAAAGGAGCAUAGUAUUUGUGUAUCUAAAAGCAUUCUUUUAGUUGUGUCUGUCAUUUGUUAGGCUGUCAGACCCAAACACUGGUUUCAUUAACACCACUGCUGUAGAUGCAGCUUUCUCUGUAAGGUUGCUCUUAUCUGUCAUACCAGAGAGCUCUACUCCCUGAGAGGGAUCCAAUUUAUGCUGUUAGUACUAUCCAGGAAGGAUCCCAGAUUAGGUAAGAAUGAUUCUGGUUUCAUGUAAGAGGUAUUUAGGUCGCUUGGCUGAGCAGAUUCUUGUGUAACUGUACUAACCCACCAUCUUUCUCUAAAUUUGGGAAUCAGCUAUCUUUAACUAAAUAUGAUUCAUCUUGAUGAAAAUUUUCAUACUAGGCUCCCCGUUUUCAGGGUCUUUUGAUGAGGAAAAGGCUAAUUGGAGGGGUUGCUGUGGUAGUGUUUAACACUCGCCCCAGUUCUAUACCGACACCUUUUAUUUAGGUGAGCGAGUCAGAGACUUCUGACAUGUCCAAUUUAGCAGUUCUCUGGUAUCAUAGCAAUAUUUUACUAGAAAUAGUGCUAAAGAGGACACAUUUCACGGAGCGACACGGCUUCCUCGCCCAGAAAUAGAUUUUUCCUACGUCAAAAUCCCUUAUUUGGAUACAGUACAUACUUACCUACUUUUACAAUACAACUCACCCAGCUUGCCCACAACUUAGCAGGUUAUCAAGAACAAUGCUGAUGAGAACUAAAACAUCAAGACACACCUGGUUGAGGACAGGUGAACUAGACAGUCAUUAGGGUCAGCAAAAUUAGCUUUACAGGCAGUCCCCGGUUAUCGGGGGUUUCGUUCCCGGGGGUGUGCCGAUAAGUGAAAACCGCCAUUAACUGAAACUCUGUGAUUUAUGGUGCCAUAAUGACGCUUACGGCGCUGAUAACCAGUUAUUGGCGCCAUAAGCACCCUUAUGGCAUGCCAUAAGAGCCCUUACAGCAGCCAUAAGGUGCCUUAUGGCACCGAUAACCGGAUUUCGUGACGUUAUGGCGCCAUGAAUCGCCCUAUAAAACCAGAUCGCCAGUAACCAGGGACUGCCUGCAUUUUGAAUACUGACCUCGCCAGCUGGUACAAAGAUAUAGCUAUCUUUAACAGUAGGUAAGUAUCCAAAUAAUAAAUGUUAUUUUAAAGAUUUAUGUAUUUCAUUGGUUGAGGUGAAGAGAUCUAGUCCUGAAUUACCUAUGUAUCAUUACAAUAAUGAAAACUGUGGAAAUGGAAGAUAUAUUCUCCAACUGGGGUGCAUCAUUGCUCUUCAAUAGAAAAUCAACUUGUUCCUUUGGACUGCUAGUAACCAGAUAUAUCACUUAUGUUCUUUUGUAUAAUAUUCAUAACUGUCGUCAUUAUUGUACAAGUGAAUUUUAGUACUGGUUUAUAGUUUUUUCAAAAUGUGAGAUGUGACUGUAUCAUCAUAGUAGUACAUACAUUAUUCAAUUUGUUUAUUUUGUUUUGUCAUAGAGUGUUAUAGGCUGCUCAGCUGUCAGCUUUUUUCCUUAUUAAUGAGUAUCUUUUGGGUGCUUGUUACUGUGUUAAGGAGGUAUUAAAAGAGCUCUAGUAGCAUAGAUGAAGAGAAAAGAAGUUGAUGGAUCAUUAGUAAAUGAAAAUAUGUACCGUUAGGAAAUAGAGCAAAAGGUUUUGAUGUGUCAAGGCCUAUACCUCUGUGUAGUGGACAUAAGGACACUUACAAAGAUAAUGGUGGUUUUUAAGAGGUGUGACUACAAAGUACAGAGAUUAGCAUCUAAAAUCCAUUUAGAUGAUCAUAUUGCAGUAGAGGAAGUUGCAGAAUUGUAGUGUAUAGGAGUUGUAAUGUAGGAUAGAAAUAGUUUGAAAUGUGUAAUUGAGACGGGAACAUGAUCUAUUUGCUAGAAAGGUAGCUAAUGUGGAGAAACGUGAAGACCAAUAGAAAGGCCCAGAAAACCAUGAAGAGAUGUACCAAAAAAACUAAAACAUAAAAGAGUAUGGAGAAUUUAUUAUUGUACAUCUAUUCCUGUCAUGGAAAAACCUAAUGUAAAAAAGAUUAUUAGUGCUUGUUUUCUAUUUAAUUCGUUGCAAUUUAUUUGUAAGGCUGUAACACAAGGUGGAAUUGGCUGUAGCUGAUUCCUUACAGUUAAUUUUUUGUUUGUGUUCUCAUACUUCAUUUUUUUUAGUGUACUUUUUACUCUUCACUUUUUAGUUAUUCUUAUUCUCUGCAAAAGCAAAUGCUCGUGUUAUCAUUGAUGUUGUUUCCUUUAUAAUGAAUACACUGUUGAUAGUUACAGGCAGUCCCUGGCUUACGACUGUUUCAGCUUACGACGUUCCGAGGUUAACCCUUAAACGCCGACUGGACGUAUUUUAUGUUGACAUUUUUUGUCUCUCGGGUGCCGACUGGACGUAUUUUACGUCGACAUACAAAAGUUUUUUAAAAAAUUCGCGGAAAAAUACUUUUAGGCCUACCAGCCGAAAACUCUUGAAUCACGCGCCUUGGGGGAUGCUGGGAGUUCACGGAUCAAGGUGUUUUGUUUACAAUCAUUACGCAGGCGCGUAAGCGCGAAUUUCUUUCUUGCCGCACUAAAAAGUAUCUGUGACACAUCUCUGAAAUUAUUUCGUCACUUUGACAUAAUUUUUGUACCAUUUUAAAUUAGCCGUUACAUGGAGUAUUAUAUAUGAAAAUGUGCGCAUUUUUAUGUAGAAUACAACAAAAAAAUACUCAUGAUUGUAGCUUAUAUCAGUUUUGAGAUAUUUUUAUAUAAAUAACGAUGUGCCAAAAUUUCAACCUUUGGUCAACUUUGACUCUACCGAAAUGGUCGAAAAACGCAAUUGUAAGCUAAAACUCUUAUAUUUUAGUAAUAUUCAAUCAUUUACCUUCAUUUUGCAACUAAUUGGAAGUAUCUAGCACAAUAUUUCGAUUUAUGGUGAAUUUAUGAAAAAACUUUUUCCUUACGUCCGCGCGGUAACUCUUCCGAAAAAAAACAUACAUGCAAUUGUGGUAAUGUUUGCACCAUUUUAAAAUUAGCCUUUACAUAAAGUUUUAUAUAUGGAAAUGUGCGCAAUUUCAUGCAGAAUACAACUAAAAACAACCCAUGGUUGUAGCUUUUAUCAAUUUUGAAAUAUUUUCAUAUAAAAAAUUAUAAGUGACAAAUUUUCAACCUUCGGUCAACUUUGACUCUACCGAAAUGGUCGAAAAACGCAAUUGUAAGCUAAAACGCUUAUAUUCUAGUAAUAUUCAAGCAUUUACCUUAAUUUUGCAACAAAUAUGAAGUAUCUUGCACAAUAUUCCGAUUUAUGGCGAAUUUAUGGAAAAAAUAACAUUUUCUUUACGUCCGCGCGGUAACUCUUCCGGAAAAAUCACACGUGCAAUUGUGGUAAUGUUUGCACCAUUUUAAAUCAGCUGUUACAUAAAGUUUUAUAUAUGAAAAUGUGCGCAAUUACAUGUAAAAUACAACCAAAAAUAAUUGAAGGUUGUAGCUUCUCUCAUUUUCGAAAUAUUUGCAUAUAAAUCACGAUAAAUGAAAAAAAAAACCACGUUCGGUCAACUUUGACUCUACCGAAAUGGUCGAAAAACGCAAUUGUAAGCUAAAACUCUUACAGUCUAGUAAUAUUCAGUCAUUUAUCUUCAUCUUGAAACAAAUUCGAAGUCUCUAGCAAAAUAUUUAGAUUUAUGGUGAAUUUUAAAAAAAAACUUUCCUUCCCUCCGCGCGCGGAUUCUCCGCCACAAAUCUCCAAAAUGCGUACGUCCCAUUCUCGGAACAUUUGCUCCGUUUCAUAUUAGGCAUUUCAUAGAGUUUUAUAUAUGAAAAUGUGCGCAAUUUCAUGUAGAAUAAAACGAAAAAUAUUUGAAGGUUGUAGCUUUCUAAAAAAAAUAUAUAUAAAAAAAUUUGACAUUCGGUCAAAUUUAACUCGUCAGAUAUGGUCAUAAACUGCAAUUGUAAGCUAAUACUCUUACAGUAUAGUAAUAUUCUAUCAUUUGUCUUCAUUUUGAAAGAAAUUGGAAGUGUCUAGGACAAUAUUUAGAUUUAUGGUGAAUUUUUGAAAAAAUAUUUGUUUACGUCUGCGCGUUACGAAUUCAUGCAUUAUUUUGUGAUAAUAUUUUCUCUGUGUUGCUUUUAUCAUUUUACAAUGUGUUAUAUACCAAAAUUAUUGCAAUUUAGUGUACAUUACAACAGAAAAAAAAGUAACUUGUUACCUUUAACCGUUUUGCGCACAGCGCGAUUUGAAUACAAUUAUAUAUGAAAUUUCGUUUUUGGGCUAUCAUAUAUCGCAUCAUUUAUAUAUGAUGAUAAUUUUUUUCAUUUCUGAUGGUUGCAUACUAAACUUCAGCCAAUGACAAAAAAAGGAGCCAAAAAUGAACUCUUAAUCUUGAAAACUAAGCGCACUGUGAUUUUUUGAAUAAAAUAUUUUUUCAGCUUCCGCGCUCACUCCAAAACACCUCCGGCACACGGGAGACAAUUUUUAUUUUACCGCUUCGGCGUUUAAGGGUUAAGGCGCUUCUCGGUUAUAUACAUCAGACAUUAUUUCCAGGGUUACAACGCCUACAAUGCUGAUCUGGCAGAUGAAAUAUGACACCAAAAAUGCAAAAUAAUCAAUAUUUGAAGGUUUUUUUUUAUGAAAAAUGCAAAAAGAAUGCACUUUACAUAGUUUUCAAUGCACCCAAAGCAUUAAAAGUAAGAUUUUCUUAGGAAUUUUCAUGAUGUUCCGGCUUACGACGAUUUUCUGCUUACGACACGUCUCAAGAACGGAACCCCCCGUUGUAACCCAGGGACUGCCUGUAUUGUGCUACUUCUGACUUGAAUUCAUGUACAGAAGUGAGCAGUGUCCCCAUAAUAGGUCGGUCGCUGUCGAAGCCAAAAAACAAGAACACGGAAAACCUGGAACUCCGGGUCACAUAUGCUGACGCAGAGAAGGAGCAGAAGAAGCCAUAAUACCAGCCAAAUACACACACACACACUAAAAGAAAUGAAACGGGGCAAUGAACCGGGAAAAGGCCAAGAGAGGUGAAACACAACUCUCACCCAGGCGGUCAAAGAAAGACUGAUGCGUGAUCAUAGGGGAAUGGUCUUCAACCAUCCUUCACCUGAUAUACGCAUGUGUGCCAGAUAUUACAAGAUUCCUUGCUUUCAUCUGUUUUUUAACCAGAUCCAGCUAGGCACUAGAAAUUAUCCUAUUGUUAAGACCUCAGGUUUGUAGCUAUGAAAAAUACAAAUUGUCUUAGAAAAUUUGUCAUGUUUUACGGAUGUUAUGAACUAGGUGUGAGAAAUAAUAACUUUGUUCUUGCAAGGACGGAAAGGAAUCCAGAUCCAAGAGUCUUUAGAUUACCAUUUUCAUGCAUGGACAAAUCAACUUUAUUGUAUCUCCAGCAUUUGGGUCACUUGCUUUCUUAGUGCCAUGCACACAGAUUUGUGGUCUCAGGUUCUUGGUCAUUUAGUUCUUGAUUCUUCUUUUGAUUCCUUAGAGUUCUAAUGAUUAUGUAAGGACUUCAUGUGCAAAACAGAGAUGCAAUCCCUUGGCAUUAUCAGGAUGAGCUCCACACCAAGUAGCAGCUCUGAGUGGUCUUCUUAGUUCAAGUGCACCAUCCGUUUUUUGUCAUCUCAACAUUAUUUGCAUCAGUUGCAGGGCACUUGGUGUGGGGAAGCAUAUCCAAAUUCCAACAGGUAUGCAGUGGCACCUUUCAUAAAGAAAGAUUACACUAUAUCUGACAAAAAAUAACCUCUGGAGUACCAGAGACCAACUGCAUCUGUUCCAAUGAAACCUCAGAACUAUUUCUUCCGUAGAUGUAGCAUGAUUAAGUUUAUGUCAUAUUGUACUGCCUUUCUUUACAGUAGAAUAGUCAGCAAUAUAGUCUGCAAAUUUUUAACCAAUUUGUAUUUUUCAUAACUAACAAUCCUGAGUUCUUAACAGAUGAAGGCCCACCUCUAACCACCCCUCUAGCAGUCUACACUGGGUUGGAAGAGUGACUGGCUGGUCAUGGGCCGCCGAGGGCAUUCUGGGGUACUACAUACCCUGUGACCUGGUAUAGAUGCCAAUAGUCCCUGGAUCUCACAAGUUUAAUUUUAAUUCUACCGGUUUCCAGCUUGGCACUAGUAUUAUCCUAAUGUUAAGACCUCAGGUUUGUUAGUUAUGAGAAAUACAAAUUGGUUAAAAAUUUGUCAUUUCCUGGGGGUUUUACAUGAAUGGUGAGUUUGGUAUGAACAGAAAAAAUUUAAAUCAGUGCCCAGAAUUUUUUCAUUUCUAUUCAAGAAUUAAUCCUGAGAGCCAACCUUAAACAGGUUAAGAUGUUUUGUUCCAGUUGAUAGGAUUCUUUUUCAGAGCAGCCACAUAAAACAAAACAAAACAAAGAAGAAUCCCUAACCUACCAGGAACAGUCAUUAUCCACAUAACCAAAAGGGGCACCCAGACUACUCAGCUAUACUGAGAUUCACCCAGAACAAGAAUGGUUACCCAAUACCAGAUCCAUUGCUUCCAAACAACCAGAGAAGGCUUUAAGAGUUCAUACAAGGGAUCAGGAGAGAGAGAGCAGUAAGGCUUAGAUAGCAUAUCUGUUAGAUGGAAGCAGUACCAUGCCUGAAUAUAGGUGUUGGAGAUACUGGUCUCAGACAUACACAUGACAGAUGUCAGGGGGCUUAUCACAAAAAAGCUAGUCUUUUUCCUUAUCCCAAUGAGGAUACCAGCAUUCUUCUUUGUCUAAAAAGGACUAGGAGCCUUUCCUCUAUGCCUGAAAGUGGAUAAGGGCAAGAAAGAUGCUGAGGCCAUGAAUAGGUGAAUGCUUGGCAUGCCAUUGGGCAGUGUGACUCCUCUCGUUCUCAUUUAUCCUGAGCUUGUGAUGAAAACUCAGAACAUAUCAGUCUCUUGUGAGAGAUUCACAAGCCUCUUGAUCCCAUCCCUCCAGACUUUUGUCAGAGACUUGAAACAAGAUGCACUUUUGCCCCAUGAAAGUUCUGCACAGGUGGCAGCACUUAGGCCCAAGUAUAAAUGACUGACCAUUUGUACCAGGAGGCACAAGGAGGUCAUGUCACACCAUAGUUUAGUUCUGGCUUUGUGAGGUGAUUAAGCCAAUGUACAGGUCACAUGUACAGAAAGGCAAUCCUCAGCCUGGUGCUCUAGUUGUACAGGUAUUAGAGGUGUUUGGUGCUGGCAGACCAACUUUACUUGUUUUUACCUCAAACAUUGUCCACAAGUCCCAGGAUACCUCAUCAGGACCUGUAGUGGGUGUAGCUGCCAUAGCUCCAUUUUACAGAAAAUCAUCUUGCUGAAGGUUCACAAAUGAAAGGUAUGAGAUUGUUUUUUUUUUUUGCUCUCCUCUGUCCAGCAGCUGGAAGCUGUGUGCAGGCUGGACUUGCGUGAUGUAGAUGAGCUUCACAGACGAGCGUACUAUCACUGGCUUUGUGAGGCGUAGCCUCCCCUUUAUCUCUUAUAUCAAGUGCCAGGAUAGCAUUUUAUUCUUUGAAUCUAAUUACAUUAUGGUACAUAUUGUAGCCUAGUGAGGUGUCCCUCUCAUUUCAUGUGACAGGAGGUCCAGUUACACUGAAAUUACUAGACUGCAGUUCUCUCAGAAUCUUACUGGCACAAGACUCUGUCAGCCUCUACAUCAGAGGCUGCACUGGAGGUUACAGGCAACAGCUUUUUACAUUUAGUUUAUUGUGAGUGGAUAAUUGUUCCUUAGAGUAAUAGUAAAGGGUAGUAAUACUAAAUGCCAACUAAACUUGUAUUAUAGUUUAUAGUAUAAUAAUUGGUUAAAGAAUCUCAAUUUGCUGAAAUGAACUGGUUGUUUUGUGCUCCAUUUUCUGCUGUCAAGGCUUCUUACCACCUAGUGGUAAAUUGUGUUGGAUGUCAUCAUGUCCUUAGUUUCCCUUCCAUCUAAUUACAGUGCCCCUUAUGCCACAUAUUAUUGUCAUAGCAGUUCUCAUACUUUGAAUGAAAAUGCAACUAUGUACUACUACCAGAGAUGCUUAGUGAUAAGUAAGGAACUGUUGUUUCCUGUAUCUAGGAAUCUGAUAUGAGCAGUGCUUAAUCACAAAAUGGCUCAAAGAGCCAUUAGGGUUAGUGAGUGAGGGAAACCAUGUGUAAUUAGGAUGAAUAGAUGUUUUGUAGAAGCAAAUCUUUUAUAUUCCUUGGAAAGGCAAAUAAGUUAUUUACUCUAUAAACAAUGACAGCCCAAUCAAGUAAACUCAAGACCAGACUUACUGAUGAAAGUGUCCAGUUUUCCAUAAAGGACCUUGUGGAUUUGUUUAUAGGUUUUCAAAUUGAGUUUCAUAGGAUAAUGUUUUGCAAUAUUGUGUGACUAAUUUUCAACACAUAUCUAUGUAAACCUAUACUUGUUAAGACUUGCCCCCCUACCUUCCGUUGUUGUAGAAUCCACUUGUCAGCCUUUAGGAAUGGCAGGGUUAUUUUUGACUGUGUAACAAUAGUAUAUUACAUACAAUGGCAAAGGUUUUCUACUGAGUGCCUUUGAGUUCAACUGCAUUGCUUACCACAUCUUAUAGUAAUAUUCAUCCAUUUUCUUUACUGUUUUGACCUACUGGUCUAGCUUCAACUCUUUCAGUCCUCAGAUUUUGCUCAUGUAAGAAUAAAUCCUUUUGGGCCACCUCUUCUGAUUGAACAGCCUUAUAUUGUAAUAUGAUACAGUAAUAGUAAUCCAUGGUGCUCUGUAAGUACAGUAAAAAGGUGAAGAGCUUGUAAGGUUGGGAGAAGAUCCAUUCACUGGUGAGCAAUGCUUCACCAGCUGAGUGACUUGUUAGUAAUUCAGGACUUAGACUGUACAUAUACUAGCAAAUUAAGGCUUUUUGUAAGAAAAAAUGAAGUAGAUUAAGAAUUGUUAAUAUAUUUUUGUUAAUCUAUUCAUAUACUGUGCAUUAUAGAUUUUCAUAUGUUCAUGAAGACUUGCAUACAUAUUUA